AUGCCAUACCAAGUGCAGACCAGAUUCGUAUAACAACGUCUUUGAAAAGCCAAAGAGGGUCAGUGUGGACAAAAAACAAGUCAAUAUUUGAAUAUUGGGAAGUCGAAGUGACCUUUCGAGUUACAGGAAGAGGCCGCAUUGGAGCUGAUGGAUUGGCAAUCUGGUUUACAGAAGAGCAAGGCUUGGAAGGUCCUGUUUUUGGGGCAGCUGAUAAAUGGAAUGGUGUUGGAAUUUUCUUUGACUCCUUUGACAAUGAUGGAAAGAAAAACAAUCCUGGAGUGAUUGUUGUAGGCAACAAUGGAAAACUUCUGUAUGACCAUCAGAAUGAUGGUUCCACGCAAGCAUUGGCAUCCUGUCAGAGGGACUUUCGUAACAAACCCUAUCCUGUUCGAGUCAAGAUAACAUACUACCAAAAAUCAUUGACUGUAUUAAUUAACAAUGGCUUUACUCCGGAUAAAGAAGACUAUGAAUUUUGUGCGAAAGUGGAAGAUAUGGUGUUGCCAUCGCAAGGAUAUUUUGGAAUAUCUGCAGCAACAGGGGGACUUGCAGAUGAUCAUGAUGUCCUGUCUUUUCUGACCUUCCAGCUGACUGAGCCUGGGAAGGAAAUACCAACACCAGAUGCAGAAAUUCCUCAGAAAGAUAAAGAGAAGUAUCAAGAAGAGUUUGAACACUUUCAACAAGAAUUGGAUAAAAAGAAAGAAGAAUUUCAAAAGGAACAUCCUGAUGUGCAAGGACAGCCAGCGGAUGACAUUUUUGAAACUGUAAGUGAUCGUGAACUGAGACAAAUCUUUGAGGGGCAGAAUCGAAUUCAUCUUGAAAUCAAACAGCUUAAUAGGCAAUUGGACAUGAUUCUGGAUGAGCAGAGGAGAUACGUCUCUGCAGUCACUGAUGAGAUUGCUAAAAGAGGAGCCAGUUUUCCAGGUCAACAAGGACAGGUUUCCCAGCAAGAAGUUGAGACAGUUGUGAAAACUCAAGAAGAGGUCAUUAGACAAGUAAAUGAAAUAAGGUAA